GGCCGCGCAUCCUACGGUCGGAGGUGUCGGACAUCACCUUCCACUUCGCGGUUGAAGAGUACCUCAUGAAUGCGGAGAAGUUGACUGCUCCGCUGAUGUACCUUUGGAGACCACAGCCGGUGGUCACCAUCGGACGGCACCAGAAUCCUUGGAAAGAGUGUGUUCUCUCGCAGCUGGAUGAGGACGGUGUCGCCUUGGUUCGCCGGCGAUCGGGGGGCGGCGCCAUCUUCCAGGAUGCUGGCUGCUCAGUUUUCACCUUCUUGUUCCCAUCGGGAGAAUUCGACAUCGACCGCAACCUCGAAACGGUUCUGGGGGCUUUAGGCCGCCUGGGUGUCCAGGCUGAGAAGAAGGGCCGCAAUGAUCUCACCUUUGAAGACAAGAAGAUCUCCGGUAGCGCUUUUAAGCACGCACCGGAUCGCGGGGUGUCCCUGCACCACGGCACUGUUCUGGUGGACACCGACCUCACUGCCCUCCAGAGAUACCUGACGCCGGACAAGCGCAAGCUGCAAGCCAAGGGAAUCGCCAGCGUUGGCGCCCGAGUCAUGAACCUCAAGGACAAGUUCCCGGAGGCCAUCGAAACCCAAGAGACAGCACAGGAGCAUUCGGUCUGCGCACGCCCGGUAGUUGCUCCUUCCUGCUUGGGCUUCGUCCGCGGGACGAUGAAUGUCAUGGUCAUAUCCAAGACAGUUCCGCCGCAGCUCUAUUGGUGCGGUGAGGGGGCCCAGGAUGCAGAAAUCGAGGAGAUCGACGAGAACUCGGAAAUGGCCAAAGACUUGAUCUUUCUCCACGUGCGGGGCGAGUUGCAGAACAAGGAGCUGCCAGGUAAUAGUCCGUGGCUCUUUGUUGAUGAAUAG